CGAAUUACAAUUUCUUCUUGUUGUCCUCGCACACGCACACACAAAAGCGGAUUUCGCUCAUGUAUAUGCUCUUGUUAUGUUGUUUCAUACAAUUAUUCGGAGCCCUGUGAAACCUUUAUGUCGCAACAUUCUGCUCUUCUCGCAAAUACAGAGGGUACAGAAUAUUUUACGUGCGUGAGCGAGUAUACGCGAGUCUAUUUUUCACACUUUUCCUCGCGUAUCUCUUUAUGAUCUUUCGCGUAAACAUAACCUAUUGAUUCAACUUUUACGCAACGUAUUAAAAUCGCAGCAAGCGAUGUAAAUCGGUUUCUUCGGAACGGAAUAAUAAUAAUUAGGAACCGAAAAAAUUCAUUCUCCGAGCAUCAGCUGUAUUUUGACAGAAACUGUUAAUUAUGAUUUUGAUCAUACUACUUAUAUAAAUAAAAUAUAUUAUUUGAUAUUUUAAUUAUGAUAAUUUGUUUCGUUGAGCUACUUUAAAAAUGUCAUUUACCAGUGGGUUGUGUUCUUACAAAGAAUGCAUGUCCGAUGAGAUGAUCACAACCAGUAGCUUUCAAGAUAAGAAAUUUGAAGAAUGCAUAAUAAAGAAGGAGGAUAAUAUCGAAGAGAGUCUAGUUGUAGGAGAAGAGAUAGUUGUGGAUACAAAUGGAUAUUUACCAAACAAACUUAAGACAAAUACAACUAUGUAUUUCGAAGAGAAUCUGGAAACUUAUGACAAAGUGGCUGCGGAUUACAAGGACUCUAUAGACGGAGUCUCUGUUCCAUUGACAGAGAGUUUGAUUGAUGAUAAAUGGACUUGCGAGACCAUGUCUGAAUCUUGGAGGGAACUCGAGAUGGAGCAGCAAGAGAGCGAUGAGGAAACAAUCGCCACUUUUGUCACCGCAGCAGGGACACAAUUAGCUCUCUACGCUGUGGAAGAUUCAGAUGAGAUAUUUGCCGUAUCUGUUUACAAUGAAUCUGGCGAACCUCCGAAUGAUUUCCAAUUUCUCAUGAAAGCAGAUGUGGAGCGACUGAUAGGCGAAGGAGCCGUGCGAACGGUGAAGAAACCGUCGCAGAUGAAGAAACGACUAAUAACUACUCAACCACCAGUGUUUUAUCGCAAAGGAAACUUUGAGGAAGUUUAUGAGCAAGCGAACGACAAUAUUUUCACUCACGACACGUCGAUCAACAGUGACGAAAAGAACGUCGUGCAGGAGGAAGAUUAUGAAAUAAUUCACACUUAUAAAAGUCAGAACUAUAAUGACUCUGGCAAGAUCAAUUCAAUGUCCAGUGAUAAGCACAUCACUGAUGAGCAGUCAGAUAUCACGUAUUUCAUGAUGGACAAUAAUUCCGUAAAUAUUGCUGAGCAAUCGGAUGAGAAUCAGGAGAACGGCGAAUUCGAAAAUGAAUUGGUAGAACGUUCGACGGUCCAAUACAUUCUUUUGGAGGACGAUCAUCAAUCUGACUCGGAACUGACGUUCGACGAUAUUCAGACGACGUUGCGGAACCUGAAGACCUCUCGCGAAAGGGCGUUAGAGAAGGGCAACGAUCCGAAGUCCAAGCUGCGGGAUGACGAGUCGUCCUCGAGCUUCUCGCGGAACCUCCACGAUUCCUCGACGAGCAUCGAGCCGUCGAACGAGGACCUGGACGAGUUGGAUCUGUAUAUGUCGCCGAUCCGCAACCGCGUCACGGAGGACGAUCGGCAGCGGUUGAUCGACACGUUGACCGACUCGCCGCCGCCGUCGACGACCCCGACGAUGAUGGCGGCGAGCACCUCGCAACUCAAGGUCAAACGAUCACGGAAGCAGCAACUGAUCUCCGUCAACCGGGACGACGGAGAGAUCAUCAUCCAGCCGGCGUCGAUGCUGAGCGAGGAGGAGCUGGACGACAAGAAGCGCGGUAAACGGCGACGUCGUCUAUCGUCGACGCAGAUGCACGUUGCAAUAUCGCCCAACUCGAAGAGGAUCAAACGAAAGAAGCGGCGAGAGGUGGAGGUGAUCGACUUGGACGUCGACGAAGAAGAGAGGCAGCCGAAGAGCAACGUGGUGGAGAUCACCUUGGACGACAGCAAGGACAAGUAUUCCAGUGACAAGGAGAACGAGAUUAUCAUGGUGAGAGAUUCGGAUUCCGACAAUAGGGACGAUGAGGAUGACGACGAUGACAACGACGAUGACGACGAUGAGCGAUCCAGCGACGAUCUGGCGAAGCUCAACGGCGUUAUGCGGUGCGAGCAUUGCUCCAGGAACUUUCGGCAGCGACGCACCUUCGACGCGCACCUUAGAAUCUGUCAGAAAUCGCCGGCGAAUGCGCUGAGGUUCGUCGAGAGGAAGGACAAAGAGAAAGGUCAGAAGGUCAGAAAGCAGUACGCCUGCAAGAUCUGCCAGGAGAAGUUCGACGAGGUCAUGGCCUUAGCACGUCAUGUUCGCAUAACGCAUCAUCCGAGGAAAAAGCAAAGGACCCAGGAGAAAUCCUGGAGCUCGCAGGAAGCAACUUCGGAGGAGAAGGAGGAAUUGAACGACGAUGACACGUCGAAAAGCGAGCUGGACAUGCUGACCAGAGUGAAGAGAAGACGAAGACGAAAGGGCAAUUCCUCGUGGGAAACGAAGAAGUUGAAUUGCGGGGACUGCAACCGGUGGUUCCCAAGUUUAGCUUUGCUGAACGCUCAUAGUUUGCAACACGGAACUAAAAAGUCCGAGCAACUGCGCAGAUGCCACGUCUGCAAGAAGUUAAUCAAGUCUAGAAUGCAGUUUCUGCAGCAUCUGAAACUGCACAGCGACACCCAGAGGAUGCUGCGACGGAGGCUACGCACUCGGCCGAGUACGACUCCUCGGAAACGAGGUCGACCCCGGAAGUUGUGAUCUUUCUUUCGUCGUGCAAAUGACAAAACAUAAUAUUGUACAAUGUUGCAUAAUAUAAUAUAUUGUACAGUAUU